AUGGGUAAUACAACGAGCGCCGUGCUGGAUAACAUCGUGCAGGGGUCGAAUUUCGACCGCGAGGAGGUUGAUAGGCUGAGGAAGAGAUUCAUGAAGCUUGAUAAAGAUAACUCGGGCACCAUCGAACGAGAAGAGUUUCUGAGCUUACCGCAAAUAUCGUCCAACCCGCUCGCUACGAGAAUGAUAGCGAUCUUCGACGAAGACGGAGGCGGAGAUGUGGACUUCCAGGAGUUCGUGUCGGGGCUGAGCGCGUUCAGCAGCAAGGGCAAUAAGGAGCAGAAGCUGCGGUUCGCAUUCAAGGUAUACGACAUCGACCGGGACGGGUAUAUCAGCAACGGCGAGCUGUUCAUCGUGCUCAAGAUGAUGGUUGGGAGUAACUUGAAGGACCAGCAGCUCCAGCAGAUCGUUGACAAGACCAUUAUGGAGGCCGACCUUGAUAAGGACGGCAAAAUCAGCUUCGAGGAGUUUACUAAGAUGGUCGAGAAUACUGAUGUUAGCAUGAGCAUGACUUUAGAUCAGUUCUAG